UAUGGAGCACCUGUUUUGUCUGGAUAGCUCCUCCCAGAUUGAAGAAAAGUAUUGACUAGCUAAUUGGGAGGAUGAUAAGAGGUCCAUCAUAACUUAGCGUGCCCUUUGAGACAACCCUUCCUGUAGAUGUUUUCCUGAAAUGCGAUGGUUUUCAUCAACCUCUGGAGAGCUUUCUGAGGUAAAAGUUUCCUUCAGCUGACAGAAAGUUCACAAUGAUGCAUCAGUAGAAGGACUGCAGCUGUUUGUUGUCCAGGAGAGAUCUAUAUGAACUCAUGAUUGUCUUUAACUCUUCUUCAGCCAAAUUCCCUCUUCAGAGAGGUUUAAUUAAAAAAAAUUAAUUGAUAGAUGUGCUCAGGAAAAUGUCUAUCUUUGAAAAAAAAAACUGUUGUAAUAGAGCCCAAUUAAAAAACGUUCCUAAAAUAAUCAAAUAUUGGUUUGAUUCUGUUUUUUUUUUCAAGAUAAACUAACUAAAUCUAUUAAGAUUGUGUAACAUUCAUUUUGGUUUUCAUCUGAGAUCUAUUUUGUAACAAUAGAUCACAUUAUAAGACGGCCCUUUGAGAAAAACUGAUCUUUAUUGAUACUGUUGAAACAAAGAUAUAUUUUAUGUGUAUAAAUGUGCACUUGGCUAAUAUUUAGCCAAAAAUCCUAGAACUACCCUAUGGAAGAAAGGGCUUCCGUGGAAUAAUAUAAAGUUGUAAAAUUACGAAAAAAAAAUAAUAAUAAUGACAUUUUAGGAGAACAAAGACUUUAAAAAUGUUUGAGGAUAAAGUCGUACAACUAUGAAAAAAAAUUGAAAUAAAUAAAUGCUUUACACUACAUACUUUACUGUAAAUACUUUACAGAAUAAAGUCAUAAAUAUGCUGCGAAAAAAAAGUAAAAUAAAAAUUUGACAAGGAAAAAUAUGUACAACUUUAUUUUCAUAAAAUCACAGCUCUAUUCUUUUAAAAAUCAUAAACUCACGACUAUUUAUAUUCCCAAAAUGUUGACCAUAUUUUAAUAUAUUUAUUCUUUUAUGGUGGACCUAUUACGUAAUUCGUACGAUUUGACUAUAAAGUGGUCAAAAGUAUUUUUUCCACAUUAUAAGGAUUUCAGCCGGAAACUAUGAAGAAAUGAAGUGCGCAUGCGUCAACUCUGUUAGGCUUUGUUUACUACAUCUCAAAUACAGAGCUCAGCUAUGGAGACACGCCGAUGCGGUUUAACUACGUGUGGCUGCGGGACCACUGCCGCUCCGAGAGCUCCUACAACCCCGCCACCAACCAGAGGAGCCUGGACACCGCGGGGAUAGACCUGCGCGUGCGCCCCGACAGCAGCCGGAUCGAGGACGGCCAGCUCGUCCUGACCUGGCCGGGGGGUCACGUGUCAAAGUUCAGCCUCGACUGGCUCGCCACGAACACCUAUGAAGCAAAGAAGCAGGGCGUGGUGCAGCCGCGCGUCCUGUGGAACGCAGACAUCUAUGAACGUGCCGACGUCCCAACCGCCAGCUGGGAGGUGUUCAUGAGCUGCGAUGCUGAGCUGAGGAAGUUCCUGCAGAGCUACCUCCUGUACGGGAUCGCCUUCGUAGACGGGGUCCCCGCCACAGUGGAAGCCACCGAGGCCGUCUCUCAGAGGGUCAGUCUCAUAAGGCAGACCACGUAUGGGGGGAUGUGGUCCUUUACAUCCGACUUUUCUAGAGGAGACACCGCCUACAGCCAGCUGGCCCUGGACCGCCACACUGACACAUCAUACUUCCAUGAGCCGUGUGGCAUUCAGGUGUUUCACUGCCUCAAACACGAGGGGACCGGGGGGAGAACGCUGCUGGUGGACGGCUUCCACGCCGCAGAGACACUGCGCCGCCGCUCGCCCGAGAGCUUCCGACUGCUAACCCAAGUGCCCAUCGGCCACGAGUACAUCGAAAACACGGACAGCCACCAUAACCACAUCACGGGUAUGGGCCCUGUGCUCAACGUCUACCCUUGGAAUGACGAGCUCUACCUGAUCCGGUAUAACAACUACGACCGCUCGGUCAUAAACACAGCCCCCCAUGACGUCGUCCAGCGUUGGUACGAGGCUCACCGAGAACUCACCGCAGAACUGAGGCGACCAGAGAAUGAGCUGUGGGUCAAACUCAAUCCAGGAAAGGUGAUAUUCGUGGAUAACUGGAGGGUCUUGCAUGGGAGGGAGUCCUUCACCGGCCUGAGACAGAUCUGUGGCUGUUACCUGACCAGAGACGACGUGCUGAGCAGGGCUCGUGGCUUCAGCCUGCACGUGUGAAUGUGCACAGCCAUCCACAAUCAAUCCAAUCAGAAAUGACACCACAUUUUAAGAGAUUUCAAUCACAGUUUAACUUUCCUUUGUAAUUUUAAUGAUUAUGAAACACCCUCCAAAAUGACAGAUAGUGAAUGUAUCCUGAAGUGCAUUAAAAGCAAUAAACAGAUUUUUCUAUCGGUGAUAUGUGAUUUUGAUCCAUAAUGUUUUCAUGUGUGAGUGUAUUUAGUUUUGAAUGAAUCACUUUUACUUUUUUAGAAUUUUUCUUUUGUAUUUUUUUUGUAAUUUGUGAAAACAAGAUGUGUUGAUUUGAGGUUUGGGAGCUUUUUGUUCACACUGUUAGAGAAACACUGCAGCUGUCAUAUGGUAAAAAAACCCUUAAAAUAUUUUGCAUCCUCUUAUAAAAUCAUUCUUUGUAUUU